AUGAUCUAUAGUAUGAAGCAGCUGAAACACAUGUGCGUACCGAUUUUCGUGCUAGUUAUCCUGUUGAGUUUGUUGUGGCGACUGUUGUUCGCGGGCGGACCGAAAAAGAACUUUAUCGCAACCGAUUGCUACUGGAACGUAUCCAUAAACUCGAACAAACCAGGAAGCUCCCCAGUUAGGAACGCUUCCACAGUGGGCCACUGCAUGCAACGAUGCUCUCAGGACCCAAAGUGCGACGGUUUCGACUUCUCAGAGGAGAGUAGCGAUGUCAAAUGUUGGCUCGGUCAAGUUGGGGGCUUUGAGACGGUCUACAACAGGGCCCACAAGGUCGUCCACUAUGAUAAAGUUUGCGGAAGGGAAAAACCCAAAGAUGAAGAAUGUUCCUGGAUGCUGACCCCCAACAAGCAUUCCCUUGGUUCAAGUGUUAUGGGGCACAUACUGAACAAGAGGGACUGCCUGGCCGAGUGUAAUUCAAUCUGGAACUGCUGGGGCGUUGAUUGGAAUGAACAUAACCCACAGAAGUGCUGGCUGGCGAGUGAUUACAGUCUAGACAUAUCCAACUCACCUGGGAUUGAUCAUUAUACUAAGAUAUGUGGAGCAGGAAUGACAACCCCUCCUACAACGACUCCAUUCGGUCUCUUCAUAAGGUCCAUGACAACGGUAUGCAGAUGGAAGAUGUACAGCAACAAUUUCUCUCCGAAUGGCGUUUUAAAACCAGCGUACAAGAAUCUGAAAUCCUGUCUAGACGGCUGUCUAGACACCCAAUCAUGUUUCUCCAUAAGCUGGUCUGAAAAGUCAGACGAAUGUUGGUUCUCCACUUCGGAAAUGUUUGGCGCCAAACAGGGCUUCAAACAUUUAAAAUACGUCUGCAAACUCAUUAAAAGUGAAUUUAAUAUGAAAGCUGGCCUUAAAAGUUAACUAUUUCAUCCGGUUUUGUGAAAAUGUGACAAUUUUUAACAUUUAUCUCCAUGAAAUUUCAUUUGUAAAUAGUGUAAAUAGAUAUAUGUAUAUGUGUAUUGUGUGUGUGUGUGUGUGUGUGUGUGUGUGUGUGUGUGUGAACAUUUCAUCGAUAACAUCGUUGUGUGUGAUAUAAAAAGCAGUACACUCGCAUUGAAAAUAUUGUUAAUACUUUGAUUGAUAAGAGAGAGACGGAGAAACACAAAGACAGACACAGACAGACAGACAAAUUAUUAAAAAUAUGUAAAAGAUUAUUCAAAUAAAUAGAUCCUCUUUUAAUUUAUAAAUUUAAUCCAAAAAUAGCAAUUAAAUAAAGACAUCUUAUCCGUUCUGUCAUCAACUCAUAUGUUUAUUCUCCCUCAAAACAUUCAUAUAAAACCUUUCAGACCACCAUAGAAUAUUCUAAAUAAAUCUCAACAUCACUUAUUAUCGUUUUGUUGGGUUAGACUUUUUUUUAUCUAUGCGAUAAUAUUCUUCAUUAAAAGCUAAUUAAUGAGUUAAAUGGACAGGUUCCUGAUGUCAUUAAGUAUUAGAUUAAAAAACAACAUCGAAAGCAGAAUUAUUGAAAAUAAUAAAUAUAAUUAUAAUAAAAAUAAUUAUUAUUGUUAAUUAUAAAAUAAUUAUUCAAAUAAUAUCAGAUAAUUAUUCAAAUAAAAUCGAAAAAUUCUAUUUUCUUUAUGGGGCGAUGUUUCCGAUCAACAACAACACCCAUGAUUGGAACAGCAUAACGUACCGAAUGAGGAACUUCUGUAGGUCGUCAUCAUGUUGCC